CUGUGGGAAUUCAAUAGAUCAACCCCGAGCCCACCAUUUUCUUAGCGACAAAAAUAUCCUUCUCAAAAAUUCAAAUUAGUUGGCACAUUCUUUCGAUAAAAUGUUUUGCGAAUAUCAACUGAGAUGCCAUUUUUUGGUGGCCGAAUAGUUUUGUAGCCGUAAUCGAGUCAUAAGAAAAUACUUUACGGGGCUUACUCACAGAAAGAUCCAUUACAGAAUAACAAAACAUACAGCACAGCGGAAUAGAAGCGAACAUAGUCUAACAAACAAAUGUCCAAUCACGGGGGUGUACCUCUACAGUUUAACUCUCUUUCACCUGCUCUGUAUAUAGUCUGGGAAUCCGAAGAUCUUUGCAGUGCCUUGUUGUAUAGUUUGAUUGCUGAAUUUCCAUGACUUACCUCUUCAAAAUCCUAUAUGUCAUGACUGUUCGAUCGAAUCGAAUGACAUUUUCACACCCAACCAGUUAAAUGCCCACAGUUUUCUUGAAUCUGAUGCUUUCAAUUAUUGACCGAGUUCUGUCCUGUAAGACGUUAGUUAAUUUCAAGUUUUUUUGGCAGUCUGUCACAAUCACGUAAAGAGAAGAAGCUUUCACUGAAAGGAAUUUUCAUGAGAAGAUACUUUCAUCUGAAGAGACUUUCAUCGGUAGAGGCCUUCAUGAGCUUUUCGUGUUUUGGUCUAAAAUCGCGAACAUUUGAUCCGCCCAACUUCCUGAAAUAUAAAAAUUCGCGAAUGUUUAUUCUCGCGAAAUUUCCAGAUAUUUCGCGAUUUGCGAUUGAAAUUUUGAUGACGAAUGGUAACUUUUAACUAAUUUUGAUAAAAUUUCGCGCAACUCUCGAUUCGCGAAAUUUCCUCUACCAAAAGUGGAAUUUUAUAGAAUUAUACUUUUUUUAGUGACACAAGUCCCACAAUUUUAGACCUUUGCAAAUUUUAUUCCUUAUCCCGCUUUAGAUGCCCAUCGGCAGUUACACCUAGAUAUUUUAUCUUUGCGACAUGCUUGGUAUCGGCGCUGCUCUAUUGAAGUGCAUUCAAAAUGUUUAAGAGUUUACUUUAGAAGAAUGGCCUUUUAUCAUACGCUCCGUAUAAACGGUAUGGCAUAAAAGAAGCAUUUGUACAAAUCCAGUCAGUUUUAUUUAUUUCGUUAGUUAGUCUUUACGCUCUUCGACGAUAGACAAUUGACUUAUUACUGCUGUCAUAAUCGGAGAGUCGUUUUUCUAUGAUCAAUCUUCGGAUCAUAAUUUGGUAGCAACGGGUAGUUGAGUUCAAGUCGUUUAUAAUAAUCAAUAAAAGGAAAUGGCUGGAAAAAAGAAGGGCCGUAAAGAGAAGAAUAAAGAAUUAGAAGAAGACGAACAGUCAGGGAUUUACGAGCAUCAAAAGAAUGAAGAUGUUGAAACGCUGCGACAGUUUAUUAUUGAAGCAGCAGAAUUUCAAGUAGCAGCCGCAGAAACGAUUCACGGGUUUCAUAAGAACAUUGUUACAAGAUCAAGGAACUCUAGCAGUUCAUUCUUUGGAGCAGAUGACGGAUCCAAAAAGUUGAAAUUCUUGAGAAAAUGCUACGUUCGCCAAAAUGAUCAUAUGAUAUGGGACUGCAGUUCCUUCUAAAGCAAGGAAGUGGAAGAUUGCAAUGGGAGAUUGCAAAGAAGCAGAAGCUUUUUUAAGGUGUUUGUGAAGCAACCACCUGACAAGAGCAUGCAGAAAUAGUCGAAUUUGUGGUAUCGACGGGUGCAGAGAAGAGAUUCGCGAAGUCACAAAUAGAUGCAACCAGUGCAAGAUAAAGAAAGGCAACACCCGCAGAUCAACUUGUGGCUCCAUUACCACCGAUUCGUCUCAUAGAACCACUACGUGCAUUUGCAAGAAUUGGAUUGGAUCUUGCAGGACAAUACAAUACAAGAAUUGGAGGUAAGUGGCGGAUAUGUGGACUGUGGGGGGGGGGGGGCGAUCACAAUACGUCGCGUCGUGCACACGCUUCUUAGCUUUUGACUUGACAAUCACGUUACCCUUAACGGCAAAGAGACAAGUGAGUAUGUCAAUCACUAACAAUCCCUUCUAUUGGUUUUCCUACACCAACAAUGGCCAAGCAGGGAGGAGGCUCAGCAGGGAGGAGGCUCAGCAGGGAGGAGGCAAAACUCAAAUCCAGUAGCGCAACUGUGAAUGCUGGAUGUCUCCGAAAGCAAGCAUAUCCAGACCCUCAUAACUCAUAUUAAAAAUAAACUCAUCCAAAAUAAAAAAUUUAUCAACAAAAUAAAUAAGCCAUGAGGGGGACCUUGCGAAUAUUUGAAAAAACUAUUAUGUGGAAGAAUGAACACUUACAUACACUCAUUUUUUACACUCUUUUUUUAUAAGAACAAUUUUAUAAGAACACGAGCCUCAAAAUUGGUCAAAAGUUAAGAACAAAUUAAGAACAAGCUGAGACUGAGCUUCUGCAAAAUGCAAUUUUGAACAACGUUUUUUCUGAAAAUCUAGGAUUUUUAUCGAUGUGUAGGUGCUUUUUCGUCGAAUAUUCAAACUUUUCGGCAAAUGAAGGUUGUCUGACUCACUUUGUUGGCAAAUGAGGCCUGAACACCUCGAUAGAGCGAAAAAGCUAGCACUUGCACUGCUUACACCCUAUUAGAUUAGGAACAAAUUAAGAACAAUCCAGCCUCAGAUUUUCAAAAAAAUUAAGAACAGUCAGCCUGAACUUAAAUUUACUGGUUCUUAUAAAAAAAGAGUGUAUAAGAAACAAAGGUCGAUGUUGAGUACUCCAGUUUUUUCAUGUUCUGGAAAUUUCAAUACUAUUUGUUUCUUAAAGGUAAUGUGUCCAGCUAAAGCAAGCAACUCUGCGGGGGUUUUCAGAAACCUGUGAUUUUUCAUGUCAUCGCCCCAGCCAUUACAGUCAUUUUGUACUGUGGAGUUUGGUUUUCAUGUGAGCAGUUUUGCAUCGCAAGAAUACUGACCAAUCACAAGCCGUUAUUUUGAUAUUACUUGACAAGUUGGGUAUACGCAGUCCUUUUAUAUGGACACAUUACCUUUAAGAGUUAACAAAGGGGCGUGGCACGAAAAAAGUGGGUGGACUUAGCCUUCCCCCCUGUCGUUUGUACUUGGACCUGGCCAAGAAUCAUGUAACGCAAAGAAAGCUGUCAAGAAUUGUUACUUCACCGCAGGUCACUUAUUGACGAUUAAACCACAAAAUAAAAGAGAUCAACUGAAAGAUUUAAACGCAUUGCAAACUUCAUAUGCAUGAAAAUAUACACAAAAUUUGACAUAUUUAGAUAGAAAACUCCUAAACAUUUUGCCCGUAAUUUGCAAUUACGUUUUUCCUGGUCCUCCAUGGUAUAAAUGUUCUGAUCUCAGUUACUUGCUCACACAUAAUAAAUGUACCUGCAAUGCCUGCCAAAAGCACUUGGAACACCCAGCAAUUUAUGCUGCAUUUGAUAUCUUUCAGUCCUUUCAUGAAUAUAAAAUUACUACUUCCGCCCCCUUCCCCCUGAAACAAUGUUGAUGAUUCAGAGAAAUAUCAUAAAAGAAGCGUAAAAGAAAGUGCUUUCUAAAAUCCUGAAAAGAUGGGAAAAUAUAACUUUUGAAAAAAACAAGAAAUAAAAUUUCGCAUAGACACUUAAGAUGGGCAUUAGCAGGUUACCAGACUCUUGAUCGAAGUAAGCUUUGGCACAAUGCUUUUGCGGGUUUAAAGGAUCAGACAUCAAAGGUUGACAAAUAGGAACAUGUGACCAUUGUGCUUCCAAGCUGUCUGAGAAGAAGUUUGUUUCUUUAUCAUUUUGAUAAUUUCAUGUUGUGAUAAUACCAACAUGAAUUUCGCUGCCUACUUUUUCGACAAUCACUUGAUACUGUUAGUUUAGUUUAUGACAUUGCCGAUCGGUUCAAUUUGGUAAAAGCAAGAUUUUGUUGCGUUUCACAUCGAAGAUGGAAGUGGUAGCGGUGCCGUUUGUUUCAAAGUUAAAAGCUACUUUGAUCAUUGCUUUCCUUACGAAGUUCGUCGCGGUUAUGUUGCUUAUGGUAUUCAGCCUGCGAGAUCAAAGCAGCUUAAUGGAGAAACCUAAACGUCAUCCUACCCCGUGCGGAAAUUCGGCUGGACAUUUGUACAGUGACUACCUCGAAACAGGGCAGCCAAAAGUCAAAACAUCGUUGCUAGUAGUCGUGCUCUCGGCAUUAGAUAAGUUUGAGCGCAGGAGUAUGAUUCGGCGCACAUGGUGGCAGGAUUGCAAGAGAUUCGACAAUGUGACCUGCAUGUUCAUGAUAGAUUCUUUAGAAGGGCAAGAAAAGAACAUCAAAAUAAAAGAAGAAUUAGCGACGAAUAAUGAUAUGUUGAUUUCGCCAGUCAAGCCGGGACUGCGUUUUGGUCAUCGGGUUCUGUACGCAAUGCAAUGGGCGAUGAAUUAUUACGAUUUCAAGUAUCUAAUCAGAGCUGAUGAUGACGUUUUACUGUGUAUAGAACAUCUCCUUCAUCGGAUGAAUUCACUCCCAACAAGCUAUUUUAUGUCCGGUUAUCUGCAUUGUCAGCAAGAGGGUAUUGUUUACAUCGAUGAAGGUAUCGUUACGUUUUCACAAGAUGUUGUGCGAAUGUUUCUGUCACAAAAGCCAAAUGACAUGUACUGCCACACAUACGGAGACCAGACAUACUCUACAUGGAUCAAGCAUCUUAACAUGGAUGCCAGUAAACUUUAUCACGAUGAAACUAGAAUACAUCAUCACCCACCUGCCUCACGAGUUGACGAACUCAAAAAUAUCACAAGGAUCUGCUACAAGUACAUUGCUCUUCACGGUGUCUAUGGUAGCGAUAUGCUGACUUUCUGGAAUCGACGUUUCACAAAAACAUUUCCAAUAGAUACUGGUAUCCGGAAAUUAAAGGCCAUAUGCCCAUUUAAACCGACUUACGAUUGGCGAAAAUUUGAGGGAAUGUAUGGUUUUGAGCCAAAGCUGUGCAAUGAUCACAGAGUUUGGGCGGGCAUUAAGUUCAAAGUCCUCUUUAGCAGAGAAUAGUUAUGUAUUUAAAACUUAACUAAUUUGGUAUCAGAAAGUUCAUAAGUGUUCGGUUGCUUGAAAAUAGGAAUCUCGAUCAGUUGCAACUGUGUAUCACCUUCUUCAUCAUCAUCAUCAUCAUCAUCAUCAUCAUCAUCAUCAUCAUCAUCAUCAUCAUCGUCAUCAUCAUCAUCAUCAUCAUCAUCAUCAAUUAAAUUAACUAAAGUACAAUUUAAUACUUAAAAAAGCUCUUUACAUCUAAAUGACAAAUUAGAGUUUUUUACGCAGACGUGGAAAAAAGAAAAAUUAAUUAAUUAACAGCAACAAAAAGUAACAGUACGAACAUGAUAAGCGACAACUAUUAAAAUUUAUGUAAAUUUAGCCAAAACAAACAAGGAGAGAGAAGCAACAACUACAACAAAGAACUUAGUUUGCUUUACAGGAGGUGACCUGCAUUUGUUUUUGGUACCUAAAAAUUUUCUUUAUAAGUCUUGCAAUAUCGGCCCAGAGCUUUUUAUUGUUGUCUGUCUUUGUCAUCAAUAUUUGAUAUUUCCAACAUCAUACUCAAUUGUCAUACUCAAUCAUAACCAUCGCCAAUCAUCUUAAUAAUCCUCUAUCAUUAUCAUAAAUCAUCUAUCAUGAUCAUCCUCAAUCACUAUCAAUCACAAAAUCAUUCAUCGUUAUCAUCAAUCGUAGAUCUCAGCUGCCUUAAUACACCUUUUCGAUAUCCGCGUGCUUAAUUUGCAUGCGAGAAAUUGGGUGAAGACGUUGCCACAGGCCUAUCUUUACAUAUAGAACCGGUGUUUACUGGCGACUAAAUAUUGCCCCAAUUGGCAUCAAAAGUAUUCGGAAUUUUUUUCUUAAACAUCUUUCAUAGUUUUUUUUAUCUCGAAAGCGGUUUUUUCAAAGCUUCUGUCAAUUAUGAGGGUCUAACAGGGUAGGGAAGUCGCCGAUCUUCACCGAUCUCGACAGAUUUUCGCAAAUGUAAGAGCUCAAAAAUUUCUUCAGCCCUAGGAGAUUAAAAAUUAUGGGAAGUAAACAUGCAACAGCAUUCGUCGCAUAUAAAAACAAGGCUUUAGUUGUGGAAACAGCAGCAAGUACUGCCUUCUAAAAUCUUGCAGUUGUGGAAUGCAGCAGCAGACCAUCGCAAAGAAUAUCUGAUGCGCCAUGUAAGUUUUGAGUAUGCAAAGAGAAAAUAUCAGGGAAAAUUGUCCCAAAUAUGCAAUCAUGUAUAGCAAGCAUGUCCCAAUUACGCAAUAAUGUUGCUGCUGGUCUAUUUCGCAUUGAGGCAGCCAUAAGGAUGGAACUUUCAAAUCCAUCUUGUACCUGUUAAAACGUCUAAUCCAUUCACGUCUCUUAUCAGAAUUUAACUUGAAAGUCGGAGAGGUGAAGCACUGGAAAUCACUCUCUGUGAUCACUUCAUGAAUGUUGGCGCAAUUUCUAUUUUUUUAAGAAAUGGUGCCACCAUUUCUAUUGACCAUAUUUUAAACCGGCCUAACCCUGCGUAGCCUCUGAGAGCACGACACCUGACAGAAGCUUUUAAAAAAGCUAUUUUCGAAAAUAACGACUACGGAAGAUGUUCAGGAAUCAAAUCCACAAAAUUUUGAAUAUUUUUGAUGUAAAUUCGUGCUAUGAUUAGUCGCUAGUUCGUGCAAAUUAAGCGCGCAGAUAUCGAAAAGGUCUAUAGAGCUUGGCCUGUUUGUAUCAAUACCCUUUAUCUUUGUGUGCAUAUUUUCGCUUUGAAAACCAAAGUAUGUGUUCAGGAUUUAGAAACCUACUUAUGUUAAGGUUACGGUAAACGUUUAUGACACCAUAUUUGAUUUUCUCUCACUAAAAGCAAAACUAUUGACGGAAUUAGGUAUACAUCAUUCGAUGCACAAGCACGCGGUGAUUCCAACCAUGUCAAAAUAAUUGGCAAAUAUUGUAAAAUGAUACUUUCCUGGCAAAUGUAUUGCUUAAAUGAGUGUACCACCUUCUAAAGCUAUUUUGUACCCUUGCGUUUGCGUCAACAAAAUCUGAUGUAUAUCAGCAGAAAGCGCAGAUCCUUAGCUACCAAAGCGUGUCUCAGAUUUUUCGAAUUCCUUCUCCCCUAAAAUUAUACCCUGUCGAAAAUUGGCAAACAAUAUUUGGCUAUAAAAGACGGACCAGAGCAAAUACAAAAAUUUUGAGACACUUUGCUUACCCGACAUCUGCUCUGGCCGUGUGCAAAUUUUUGAGCCACUCGAUUGGUUCCUUGGGUACAAAAUAGCUUUUUCGCGUCUGUAUGUAGAGGAAUUGAAAGUCCGUAGAAAACUGGAUUUUGCUGGUCGCACUUGCAAGGUACACUCGUAAACCACAGUGUAAUCUGCAAUGCCUGCCAAAAGUACUUAGAACACCCAGCAAUUUACACUUCAUUUGAUAUCUUUCCUUCCUUUCAUGAAAAAAAUUGCUACUUCCGCCACCUUCCCCCUAAAACAAUGUUGAUGAUUUAGAGAAAUAUCAUAAAAGAAGCGCAAAAGAAAGUGCUUCCUAAAAUCCUAACCCGUUUGAUAGUUGUUGGGACCACUAUUUCUAGCGGUGCCCCUAUCUUAAUAUUUAAUGAUAAACGAAGUGUAAGAUGAAGACUCAGAGAAAUAUCACCAUUUUGUGUAACUAUUUUGUAUCAAAUCCAUCAAUAUUCUGUUUCACAUUUUCGCCGAUCACCAUCAUUCGAUCCGUGUAUCCGUAGAUCCGUGUAUCCGGGCGGUGCCUCCAAUUAUGUUGGGACCACUAUUUCUAGCGGUGCCCCUAUCUUAAUAUUUAAUGAUAAACGAAGUGUAAGAUGAAGACUCAGAGAAAUAUCACCAUUUUGUGUAACUAUUUUGUAUCAAAUCCAUCAAUAUUCUGUUUCACAUUUUCGCCGAUCACCAUCAUUACUUCAACUCUACUCCAACCAACUAACUAACUUCUUACGAGUUUCAACUUAGAUAAUCACGUUCACUGAGACUUGUCGAUUGAUAUUUUCCAUACGUUGUCCUUAUUAGGUAUUGAGAUUCAAGACAUGUAAUCUACUACUGCUUUAAAUCAAAUAUAAAAUCAACAUUAUAAUUAAAACUCUACAUGCCGCCGUGUAUCUCGGCACGUAUUACACUACCGAAUGUAAUAACAAUAACUGUGUGGGGUCUAAGGAUACCAAUGAAGGUCUGGGCCCCAACAAUAGUAAACCAACAUUGUUCUGUAGGGGAGAGGGGGAUGAUUUAUUUUGACCUUGGAAACUGAUGUCAGUGUUCCUACUUUUGGCAGGCAUUGUGGGUCAAGUCACAAUAAACACAGCUGUACAUGGGAUACAUGGAUGUGCCAUGCGAUGUUGUAAAUGAGACAUGCGACAUCAACCGCAAAGCAACAAUAAUCGGCUUAACAGGUCAAGAGAUUUUCAGACCUCAACUAAAAGUUUUGAUAAAGAAAUUAUGGAAACCUUCGUUUACAUGGGAUUUUUUCCAUUUUCAAAGUUUCUGCUAGAUUCAAAGUUGGUAUCAUUGUAUGCCUUGAAAUUUCGGCUACUUGAAUGUGAAAAAAUCGAAAAAUUGAUGUUUUCAUCCAAAAAACGUUUACCAUAACCUUAAGCAUUCGAUGCGCUUUUUUAUAUCAGCUUGAAAUAAAAUCUUAAAUAGAGAUUUGUAAAGACCAUUUAGUAUUUUGUAGUAGUAUGUUUUAAUCGAUUUGAAGAAUCUUUGAUAAAGUUUA